UGCCCCCUCCGGCGCGGGGAGGGGGAUGCGGACGGGGGAAGAUGGCGGCCUCGAACAACCCGCGGAAAUUCAGCGAGAAGAUCGCGCUGCACAACCAGAAGCAGGCGGAGGAGACGGCGGCCUUCGAGGAGGUGAUGAAGGACCUGAGCCUCACGCGGGCCCAUCGGCUACAGCUGCAGAAAACACAGUAUUUGCAGUUGGGACAGUCUCGUGGCCAGUACUAUGGAGGGUCACUGCCAAAUGUGAAUCAGAUUGGGAACAGUGCCAUGGACCUGCCCUUCCAGACCCCUUUUCAGUCGUCUGGAUUGGAUACAAGUAGAACGACUCGGCAUCAUGGUCUGGUGGACAGAGUGUACCGUGACAGAAACCGCCUUGGGUCACCACACCGGCGCCCGCUGUCUGUGGACAAACACGGGCGGCAGGUGGACAGUUGUCCGUAUGGAACAGUGUAUCUGUCCCCUCCAUCAGAUACAAGUUGGAGAAGGACCAAUUCUGAUUCUGCCUUGCAUCAGAGUACGAUGACCCCAGCUCAACAAGAGUCCUUUUCAGGAGGGUCACAGGACAUGCAGCAAAAAAGAGUCUUAUUGUUGACUGUCCCUGGAAUGGAGGAAAGCUCAUCUGAGACGGACAAAACCCUCUCUAAACAAGGAUGGGACACUAAAAAGACGGGGUCAUCGAGGCCUAAAUCGUGUGAAGUUCCGGGAAUCAACAUCUUUCCAUCAGCUGACCAAGAGAACACUACAACGCUGAUUCCUGCCACACACAACACAGGCGGCUCCCUGCCAGACCUGACCAACAUUCAUUUCCCUUCUCCCCUCCCAACGCCACUGGAUCCUGAGGAAUCCACAUUCCCAGCCCUGAGUAGCUCCAACAGCACCGGAAAUCUUGCAGCCAACUUGACUCACUUGGGCAUCAGCACUGCCAGUCAGGGAAUGGCAACAACGCAAGCCUCUUCCCAGCAGCAUCGGCAGCCGGCUGUCAGUCCCCUCUCAUUGAAUGCAGACUCAAGACGGCCACAGUCCCAGCAGAUGUCUCCCACGCUCUCCCCUCUGUCGCCAAUCACACAGGCUGUGGCGAUGGACGCAUUGUCUCUGGAACAGCAACUUCCACCAUACCCAUUUUUUACACAGACAAGUUCACAGCAACAGCAGCAGACCCAAGUGGCAAGUACUCUGCCUCAAAAUACCCCUUUAAUGCAGACCUCUGGUUUACAGCGAGGAACACAGCUUCCCCCACUCUCAGUUACGGUACCUUCCACCAUCCCACAGUCACCUCCAGGCAGCCAGAGCCAGCCUUCAAUGGGGAUAGACAUCACCUCGGCGUCACUCCAGCAGUACCGCAGUAAUGCUGGAUCCCCAGCCAACCAGUCUCCCACCUCUCCUGUCUCCAAUCAAGGCUUCUCUCCUGGCAGCUCCCCUCAACACUCUUCCAUUCUGGGCAGUGUAUUUGGUGACUCCUAUUAUGAUCAGCAGAUGACAGCUAGGCAGGCUAAUGCCCUAUCCCAUCAGCUUGAACAGUUUAAUAUGAUAGAAAACGCCAUUAGUUCCAACAGCCUGUACAGCCCGUGCUCCACCCUUAACUACUCCCAGGCAGCUAUGAUGGGCCUUACUGGGAGUCACGGCAACUUGCAGGACUCGCAGCAGCUGAAUUACUCCAGCCAUGGAAACAUCCCCAACAUCAUCCUUACAGUGACAGGAGAAUCGCCUCCCAGCUUAUCAAAAGAACUGACCAGCUCUUUGGCAGGCGUUGGAGAUGUCAGCUUCGAUUCGGAUUCUCAGUUCCCUCUGGAUGAACUCAAAAUUGACCCUUUGACCCUAGAUGGACUGCACAUGCUUAAUGACCCAGACAUGGUCCUCACUGACCCUGCCACAGAGGACACUUUCAGGAUGGACCGGCUGUAGGGUGUGGACAAUGAGCCUGGGAAUGGGACGUGUUCCUGGAGCCCCGCUGAACUGAAGAAGUCCAAUGGGUCAGUCGUGUCAGAUUGAGUGAGUUGCUGAGACCAGUAGCUCCGUCAUGUACAACGUGUACAAUGAGUAAAGCUUGUUGUUCUAAGCUUGCAGUGCUGCAGACCCCACUUCCCACCGCGCCAUAUUUUAUCCCUGUUCCACUCGUUGCCAUUAAAUGAGCAAGGAGUUUGCAUUGGCCUCCUCCCUUCCGAGCCCGCGGCACUGGAGUCCCAGCAUACGGUUGUUAAUUUAUCCUUUGCACUAGAAAUGAGGAGGGGUGGGGGUUCUGGGACGGGGAAGGUUCAGAGCCAAGGAUAAAGAGAUCUGUGUAAAAUACCGAAUGGCUGGCGGUUGACAUGUUGCCGAAACAGCGUCCCCUCGCGAGGCCGAGGGAGAACCGACCGCCAGCUCCCCCGUUCACUCGAAAGCCUACGUGUUGCCUCCCUCUGGAGCCAAGGGAGGGCAUCUUUUGCAGUUUUGACUCUCAGACUGCUUUGUGACAGCUGCUUUGUCGAGUAAAAUGCUUCUCCCUUGAUUGAUAUGCCAUGUUUGUUUUCAGGUUCGUUCCCCAGCUGUUGUCCAGCACCCACUGCCUGUUCUCACGCCUUGAGCAAACUCAUGUACUCAGCAAAGCAGGAAGGCGGCCUGGCAGCCCCAUGGGCUUUUGUAGCCGGUCAUCCAAAAAGACUGUAAACACUAUUUUCAGAGCUGUUUCUUUUUUAAAAAAAUAAAAAAAAUAAAAUAAU